AUGGCAGAGCCUCACUCUGCCGUACCGCACACAAAUAAUGAGCUCGUCAGCAGCGACGAGAAGGUCUCUCAGCCCAAAGACGCAGACUCCUCCUCCGGUGACAUAGACAACCUUGAGAUCGCCGGUGUUUCCCGCGCAAACUUGAUGGUUGUCGACAGGGCAACUGAGCGGGCUGUUUUGAGAAAAUUGGAUUAUCAUAUUGUGCCAAUGAUCAUGUGGACGUACCUCAUGAAUAUGAUGGAUAGGGUUAACAUCGGCAACGCCCGUCUGUUCCACCUGGAAAGAGAUCUAAAUCUUACUGGUAACCAAUUCCAGCUCGCGGUCUCGAUGCUCUUUGUCACCUACUGUCUCUUCGAGGCACCCUCCAAUAUGAUCAUUAAAAAGAUGAAGCCUGCGCGCUACCUCGCCGGCCUGACCAUCAUCUGGGGCAUUGUUGCCAGUUUAAGCAGCCUUGUCAACAACCUGGGGUCACUCCUCGCUUGUCGUCUGCUCCUAGGGCUCUUCGAGUCCGGAUUCUUUCCCGGAGUUGUUUUAUAUCUCUCCAUGUUUUACGGUCGUCGCAGCCUUGCGCUGCGUAUCGCCUACUUCUACUCGACGGCCGCCAUCUCCGGCCUUUGCGGCGGUCUCGUUGCUUAUGGCAUCGGUCACAUGGAUGGAACUGCAGGCUGGAGCGCUUGGAGGUGGAUCAUUCUCAUCAAUGGUCUCCCGACAAUUGUCACUGGCGCCAUAAUUCCCUUUGUCCUGCCCAACUCGCCCUCGACGGCCCACUUCCUUUCCGAGAAGGACCGCGAGAAUCUUGUCAGAAUUCACGAGGCACAGCUCGGCCGAGCCAAGAACCUACGGCACAUGGAGUGGCCCGAUGUGAAGGACGGCAUGAAGGACUGGACCACUUGGGCCUACUGCUUCGCCCUUUUCCCCAUGCUGCUAAUGCUCUACUCGUUCGUCGUGUUUCUCCCGACCAUCAUCGACGAUAUGGGAGCCGGUUGGAGCCCGACAGAAGUUCAGGCUAUGACGGUUCCUGUAUAUGCGUUCGGUGCCAUUGUAUAUCUCAUCUGCGCACGCCUCUCGGAUCUGACUCAGCGUCGCGGCUACUUCAUCAUGGGCGCUAUCGUCUCGUCCAUGGCGGGUUACGGUAUGCUCCUCUCUAAUUCGGGCGUUGCAACCUCGUACGCUGGGACCUUCUUCGUCGCCGUCGGUAUCUUCACUGGAGCGGGUAUUUCAUUUGCCUGGGUCCCAACGAACAAUCCUCGCUACGGCAAGCGCGCAUUCUCUACUGGAAUGCAUCUGACCAUUGGUAACUCGUCCGGUGUUGUAUCUCCUUUUCUCUUCAGCGCCAACUUUGCUCCUACGUUUCGAACCAGUUAUGCUGUGUCAAUCGCUCUGCUCAGCGUCUCUCUCGUCCUCAAUACGAUCCUCCACCUCCAUUUCAAGAGGCAGAAUAAACUUCGUGAUGAAGGCAAACAAGAUCACGUAAUGGAGGGUCUAACGGACAUAGAGAUUGAAGGACUCGGCGAGAAAAACCCUCGUUUCCGCUUUGCUGUUUAA